AUGGCGGAUAGUAUUAAAGGCAGUGGCUUACCGAAACUCAUAGAUGAGCUAGGAAAACUCGCCGACAGACCAGAUCUACUCCAUCACACUAUGGCUCGCUUUGACAAUCGUCCUCCGUCGUACACGUCUCAACAAUCCCACAACUCCACGCGAUCCCAAUCCCCUACCGGCCCUAGUGAGGCACAACGGCGAGACAAGAGACGACAGUGGCUGCUGAGAAGAGAACAUACGGCCUCGCUUCCAAACAAGCAGUUUAGCGAUCAGGUCCACGAGGAGACAGAGCGGAUCAUCAAGGGUAUCGAUAAUCGGACGCUUACGGUACCGCUCGACAUAGAAUUUGACCAACUUGCUCGUCAAACCGUUGGAAAAAGAACUCCCUGUGCUAGCGGCUCGAGUUGUCCCUAA